AUGGUUUUUUGCGGGUCUGGUCUGGGAAUCGUAAAGCUGCUGGUGAAAACUGUGAUACAAGAAGCAGCAAAGAAGGGAAAGAUGAGAUGCUCUGAUCUUAAGUAGAUUGGCCAAGGGGUCUGCCACCAUUCCCAAGAGCUGAGUCAGAGGGCCUUUUGGUCUUGCACUAUGCCAACAGAAACUACCCUUCUCCAGAUUCAAUAUUCCCAAGUCCAUAUUCAUUCCAAAUUCCGUAACUAGUCUAUAGACAUAGCUGUAUUGAUUAACUGUGUGAGCUGCAAAUGCUAGUUUCGUUUGCUAAGUGUGUUAGUAGGCGUCAACUGGAAAAAGAAUGAUGAAGAUUAAUUAUUGUUAA